AUGUCACCCGGCUUCGCAUUAGAAGAUACAGUAGUGAAUUUACGCGAGAGGUCACAUUUCUGUGGCUUGUGCAACUUGAUUUUAAGAGCUUGCGACAAAGUAAACCACUCAGCUAAUUUUUGUUUGCGGCGGAUCGGAUCUACUUUACAAAUCGACGGGAUCACAAAACCUCUUCUUACUAUUAUCUGCGAUGAAGGCUGUUAUUCAAACCUCAUUUACCAUAUUCAAAUCGGGUUUCCGAAUGUCCCCCAAGCCAGUCAUCCGAUGCAUUUUGCGAUCGCGAGAGAAUGGUUGGAGGAGUGCGACUCAAGUCCAUCUCAUAUAAAUUGCCGACCUGCCGACAACCCUAGACUUCCUGCGAGGCUCCUAGAUGUCCAGGGUGACGUGCCAUACUUGCGGGACUCUGAAGAUAUUGACGAUGUCUAUCUUGCACUAUCACAUCCAUGGGGCGAUCCCAGAACAAACAAUCAUUUUUGCACCUACACUCACAAUAUAGAAAGCCAUAAGAAAGGAAUCAAUUUCAACAAGCUCCCUGCUACCUUUCGAGAUGCUAUUACGGUAACACGGCAGCUAGGAUUCCGUUACCUCUGGAUCGAUUCUCUUUGUAUAAUUCAAGGCCCAAACGGCGAUUUUGCAGAGCAGUCCAAGAGUAUGGGAGACGUUUUUAGCUCAGCCCAUUGUGUCAUUGCUGCGAGCCGGGCUACUGGCCAAGAAGAUGGCUUCCUAGGGGAGAGGGCCGAGAGAAGCUAUAUAAGCAUCAACCGCAAAGGGGAGCAUGGAUCUGACACGUACCAUGUUUGUGAACAAAUCGACGAUUUUCAAGGACAUGUGAUUGAUGGGUCACUGAACAAGCGGGGGUGGGUGCUACAGGAGCGAGCAUUGGCACGCCGAACACUUUACUUUACAGAGAGUCAGACAUACUGGGAGUGCGGGGGUGGGAUUCGGUGUGAGACAUUUACAAAACUGGAAAACAACAUCGCCGCAUUUCUUGGAGAUCCCAGAUUUCCCGAGGUCGCCAUGCGCUCUUCCAGAGGAGAAAGAAUCUAUCUUUACCAGAUUUUCUACAAACAGUAUUCUCGGCUGCAAUUCACCCGAAUUGAAGACAGACCGUUUGGAAUUGCUGGUCUGGAGAAACGACUCAUACAAGGUUUCGGCACCAACGGAGGAUAUGGCGUGUUUGAUGACAACAGUGGUCUCUUACAUCGAAGCCUGUUAUGGUACAGAGGUCAAGAGGAACCGCUCGAGAGAAUCAGGUUUUCGCCUGAACGGAACGAAUCGAUUCCAAGUUGGUCUUGGAUGGCCUACAAAGGAGGUAUAGACUACUUAGACCUUACUGGGAACGGCUUCGACUGGGAGCAGAAAGAAAUACAGUCUCCUUGGGUUGGAAAAUCUAAUGAGGUCUUCUACACUACGGACAAGGGUAGCAGAGUCAAACUUGUUGUAACCUUGAGGCGUUUUGACGUUGACAAGGCGGCCGUUUUUAUCGACGUGCCGUCAGAGAGGUACACUCGAGCAUCGGACUUGAGAUGUGUUAUUCUUGCAAGAUCUAAGAACGUAAUUCCAAGAAAGGAGAGAAUAUGUUAUGUUUUAAUAGUUGCGCCUCGGCAGUCAGAGAUGGAAGGUUUUGACAGGCGGAAGGUAUUUCUAAGAGUUGGUGUUGGAUAUACAUUGGAACGGUAUAUUCACGAGCCGUACUUGGAGAGUGUUAAUUUAUACUGA